AUAUUUGAAGCAGGAGGGAGGCGAGGCAGUCACCGAUGUUGUUGUGCCAACGGUUGUCGAUGACGCCAGCUCACUGCUUGAAGGUGGAUCUAAAGAUAUAUUCGGGGAAUGCGUGCGCUGUGUGAAGAGUUUCCUUGCAGGCGCACCGUUCGCUGAAUUCGAGAGAUCGAUGUACUUUCAUAGAUAUUUGCAAUGGAAAUGGCUGGAGGCGCAGCCUGUCACACAACACACCUUCAGAAUGUACCGGGUGCUGGGUAAAGGCGGCUUCGGAGAGGUCUGUGCGUGUCAGGUGCGAGCAACAGGCAAGAUGUACGCGUGCAAGAAGUUAGAAAAGAAGAGAAUAAAGAAGCGUAAAGGAGAAGCGAUGGUGUUGAUCGAGAAGCAAAUCUUGCAGCGAAUAAACUCACGCUUUGUUGUCAAUCUGGCAUAUGCAUAUGAGACUAAAGAUGCCCUCUGUUUGGUACUAACUAUUAUGAACGGUGGAGACCUGAAGUUCCACAUCUACAACAUGUGUGGCGCAGACACCGGCUUAGGUCUGGAGCGCGCGAGGUUCUACGCCGCGCAGGUUGCCUGUGGUCUAGAACAUUUACACAAGAUGGGCAUUGUUUACAGAGAUUGCAAACCGGAGAACAUUCUGCUGGACGACGCGGGCCACGUGCGCAUCUCUGACCUCGGGCUGGCUGUUGAUGUGCCCGAGGGCGGCACUGUGCGCGGCCGCGUCGGCACUGUCGGGUACAUGGCGCCUGAGGUACUGUACACUGACACACAUUACACUCACUCACAGGCUAGACUCCGUACAGAUUGAAAUA